AACGUCACACUCCGACGACAUUCGGCGUCCGUAACCGAGAGGCUGAACCGAGUCCGCCGCGUAGAACCGCCUUCAGCAGCGAACUAGCCGGAGAGCCCGGACGGAUCCAGAUGUGUGACUGUUAAUGUAAGCAAACGUUCCGCGCCGAUCUCAGGGAAUCAAGCGCCAUGGCUCGGGUCGGUAACGGAGCGGACGGCGCGGAACCGGAGGAGGACUGUUUUGAAGAUGCUUUCGAUCGUAUCCCAGUGGCGUCUAAGAUGGACCUGCGUACGUCUAUAGAGGAGUGCACCAUGGCCCUCAACCUCGUCCUCAACAACAAGUUCUCUGAAGCGCUGGAUCUGCUCAGACCCUGGUCUAAGGACAGCAUGUAUCACGCGUUGGGCUACAGCAGUAUUCUGGUCAUGCAGGCCACCAUGACCUUCGAGCACAAAGACAUCCAGGCCGGUAUGGCGACCAUCAAAGAGACUUUACAGACCUGCCAAAGGUUCAGGAAACGAAACUCGAUGGUGGAGUCCAUAUCCAGCCUGAUGUCCAAACAGUCACCAGAGAGCCUGAAAGCGGAGGAGAUGCAUGCGGAGAUCUGCUACGCUGAGUGUUUGCUGCAGAAAGCCACGCUAACAUUCGUACAGGAUGAAAACAUGAUCAGUUUUAUUAAAGGAGGAAUCAAAAUACGCACAAGUUAUCAAAUCUACAAGGACUGCCAGAAUUUGUCGAACAUGUCUCAGGGAGUGGGCGGAGACAGCGAGGCCUUCAGACAGUUUGAGGGCGGAGUCAAGCUGGGGAUUGGCUCCUUCAACCUGAUGCUGUCUCUACUACCUGCACGAAUCCUUCGACUGCUGGAGUUUAUCGGCUUCUCAGGGAACAGAGAGUUCGGUUUGUCGCAGCUGCGGGACGGCGCCGGCAGUCACAGUCUCAGAUCCAUCCUGUGUGUCCUGACGCUGCUCUUCUACCACACUUACGUCUGUCUGAUUCUGGGCACUGGUGAGGGGAAUCUAGUGGAGGCCGAAGCUUUAUUAGAGCCCUACAUAGAGCGAUUUCCACGGGGCUCAAUCAUCCUGUUUUACUCAGCUCGGAUCGCCUUACUGAGGGGAAACUUUGAGAAGGCGCUGGUGAAGUUUCAGGAGUGUAUCACGGCGCAGCAGCAGUGGCGUCAGAUCCAUCAUCUGUGUUAUUGGGAGCUGAUGUGGUGUCACUCGUUCCAGCAGCAGUGGAGAGACGCGUAUCGAUACGCCGACCUGCUGUGCAAAGAGAGCCGCUGGUCUAAAGCCAUCUACGUGUAUCAGAAAGCUGCCAUCCUGAGCAUGAUGUCUGAUGAGGAGGUGAAAACGACCGGGGAGAAUGUCGUGGAGCUGUUCAGGCAGGUGGAGGGACUGAAGCAGCGGUUGGCAGGGAAAUCCAUCCCGACAGAGAAGUUCGCCGUCAGGAAAUCACGCAGAUACUCGUCAGCCACGCCUGUUAAACUGGUGAUUCCUGCGCUGGAAAUGAUGUACGUGUGGAACGGCUUCACUAUAGUUGGGAAGCGUGCGGAUGCCACUGAGAAUUUACUGAUCACCAUCGAGAAAGCAGAGGAGCAGCUACGCAACGAUCCCAACCCAUCUGAGUUUCAUCCUGAUGAUCAGUGUCUGGUUCAGAUGUUGAAGGGUUUGUGUUUGAAGCAUCUGGGCCGAUUAAUGCAGGCUGAGCUCUGCUUCACACAAGUGCUGAGCAGCAAGAAGCGCAUCCGUUACGAUCACUAUCUGAUCCCCUUCACCCUCUAUGAGCUGGGUUUACUCUACAAGCAACAGGGCGAUUACAUCAAAGCCACACGCUUCAUCGAGGACGCCAAGUUGAAUUAUAAGGACUAUUCAAUGGAGUCUCGUCUUCAUUUCCGCAUCCACGCGGCUCUCAGCAGUCUGAAGGGUUCUCCGACGAACUCGCCGUGAUGACGGACGGCAUUCGGCACCAGCGCAGCACGGCGCAGGAACGCGACAAGCACAUCACGACCGCCAUCGAAGCACCAAAGCAGCGUAGCGAUCUGUAGAAAAACACAUUCACUGACCAUUUCAGACCAAAGUCGCCGCUCAGUCAUCCAUAACGUCAGUCUAGCAAACGUGUACCUCAAACCUGAAGAUCUGAACACUUGUUUAAAUACAGAGUCGUACGUUUAGUCAGCCAGUCAGACGGCUGAAGAAGCUCGCUAAAGUCCAAUCAGAAAACAGCUGCUGUAAUGAAUGUAACAUUUUACUUUCAAGACCAAAUCUGUUUGUCUGCUUGUGUGUCUUACAUUGUGUGCCUCUGUUUUGUGUGUGUGUGUGUGUAGACGUCGAGUGUCGUUUGUACGUCUGUCGUUCACAAACCGCUGCAAUAAGAGUCUUAUAGAUUAUUAUUAUGCUGAUUACAAGUUUAGACGCUCCAAGCAAUUCACAAAAUCCAUUUGAAAGCAAUAAUAAUCAGCCAACAAUCAAGAAACUGUAUAUUAAUUAUUUUUUUUCUAGAAAGGGGUUGUUUUGUUGGUUACUUUAAACUGUAAUUAUAAAACAUGUUUUAAAUGUAGCGGGUGGGACUGACUUUAUUUAUUGUGCAUGAGUGUCCUCAUUUUAAUUUUAUUACCAAAUGUUGUACAAUAAUCAAAAUACAGCUGAUAUUAUUUUACAAACAUUAUUUGUUUUGGGGGUUUUUCUAUCACUUUAAAGUACAUUGCAAAAAAUGAUAUUCUUCAUCAGUAUUUUUGUCUUGUUUAAAUAUAUACAUAUAUAUAUGUCGCUCAAAACUCUGGGAUCAGUAAGACUUGUAAUGUUUUUAAAAGAAGUCUCUUCUGCUCAUCAAGGCUGCAUUUAUUUGAUCAUCAAUACAAAAAAAAACAGUAAUAUUGCAAAAUGUUAUUACAAUAUAAUGUUUUUUAUUUUAAUAUACUUUAAAAUAUAAUUUAUUUUUGUGAUGCGAAGCUGAAUUUUCAUCAGUUGUUACUCCAGUCUUAAGUGUCACAUGAUCCUUCAGAAAUCAUUCUAAUAUACUGAUUUAUUAUUAGAAUUAUCAAUGUUGGAAACCUUUUAAAAGGUUAAAAAGAACAGCAUUUAUUUAAAAUAGAAAGGUUUUCUAACAAUAUACACUACUGUUUAAACGUUUUGGGUCAGUAAAUUUUUAUUCUUUCUUUUUUUGAAAGAAAUUAAUACUUUUAAUGUGUUACAAUAAUAAAAAGUGACAGCAUAUCACUUACAUUGUUAGAAAAGAUUUAUAAUUUGAAUAAAUGCUGUUCUUUUUAACUUGUUAUUCAUCGAAGAAUGCUGAAAAAAAGAAUCACAGGUUCCAAAAAAAUAUUUGUCAGCACAACGGUCUCCAACAUUGAUCAUUCUAAUAAUAAAUCCGCAUAUUAGAAUGAUUUCUGAAGGAUCAUGUGACACUUAAGACUGGAGUAACAGCUGAUGAAAAUUCAGCAUUGCAUCACAGGAAUAAAUUAUAUUUUAAAGUAUAUUAAAAUGAAAAAACAUUAUUUUAUAUUGUAAAAACAUUUUGCAAUAUUGCUGUUUUUUUUCUGUAUUUGUGAUAUAUAAAUGCAGCCUUGGUGAGCAUAAGAGAUUCCUAAUAAUGUGCUAGUUAGCAAGUUUAGCGGCUAAAUGCGGCUAAAGUAAACAGGCUCGUCACUCCACAGAGAGAAGAGAGGGGCGGGGCGAGCAGAGCUCAUUAACAUUAAAGCAGCCUCGACCAGAAUGGGAUGAUUUUUGCAGAGCUGAUUUUGACAAGGUAAAAAGGGUGUUGUUUUACACGACCAAUGAGAAUUUUUACCCAAAGUAUAUUAUAGACUUUUCAUUAAGACCUAAAAGAAUCAUAUCAACUUGUGGAAAAUGGGCAUCUGAUGACCCCUUUAAAAAAACAUUACAAGUCUUACUGAUCCCAAAGUCUCUCUCUCUCUCUCUCUCUCUCUCUCUAUAUAUAUAUAUAUACACUACCGUUCAAAAGUUUGGGGUCAGUACAUUUUUAUUGUUUCUUUUUUCUUUUUUUUUUUUUUUAAGAAAUUAAUACUUUUAUUCACCAAGGAUGUAUUAAGUUAAUAAUUAAAAGUUUAUUAAAAGUUAAUAAUAAAUAAUUUACAUUGUUAUAAAAUAUUUAUAUUUUGAAUCAACACUGUACUUUUUAAACUUGUUAUUCAUGAAAGAAUCCUGAAAAAAAAAAAAAAAAAAAAUCACAGGUUCCAAAAAAUAUUUGGCAGCACAACUGUUGAUAUUAUCCAACAUUGAUCAUUCUAAUAAUAAAUCCGCAUAUUAGAAUGAUUUCUGAAGGAUCAUGUGACACUUAAGACUGGAGUAACAGCUGAUAAAAAUUCAGCUUUUCAUCACAGGAAUAAAUUCUAUUUUAAAGUAUGUUAAAAUAAAAAACAUUAUUUUAUAUUGUAAAAACAUUCUGCAAUAUUACUGUUUUUUUUCUAUAUUUUUAAUCAAAUAAAUGCAGCCUUGAUGAGCAUAAGAGACUUCUUUAAAGACUAUUACAAGUCUUACUGACCCCGAACUUUUGAACGGUAGUGUAUAUAAUAAAAAUAUAAUUUAAAAAAUUGUUUCAUGAAAAAUGUAUCAACAUUUAGUGACUUUACACUUGAAAUAACAGAUAUUUACCCCCGUAACACACCACCCCCACCCCCCAAAAAUAUGAAAAAAUAACUUGUUUUCCCUUUAAACUGAACUUUUUUUUUCUAACCACACUGGCAGUUUUUUAUUUAUUUAUUUAUUUAUUUAUUUAUUUUUUUGUCUUAUCUUGAUUUAUAAAUGUUUAAAAAAAUAAAUAAAAAAAAACAAGACACAAAUGCUGAAAAAACAUUAUGCGUUACGUAUAUUAAGGCCUGAAAAUGUUUAGCAGAUUUUUGAUUUGGUACAAAUGAAAACGUUUACAUUUCUAUUAUUUCUUUAAGCUUGUUGCCUGAUUAUUUUAAAUGAUUUGUGCUUGUGAAAAUUAAUUCUCAUCAAUCAAGCGGGCAACGAGUUUAUGCUGGAAAAAAGCAUCAUAAAUCUAAACAUCUUUAAACAUUAACUUAAGAAGCAAAACUGCAGAAGGCUUGUUUUCAGAGAAUAAAUCUUGAAAUCAAUACAGACACUAGGUGCCUUCAUCUAUAAUGUACAAACGUAUGUAAUUAUAAUGUAAUAGCAAAGUUUCCACGUUUUUCUGAAUUCGGCUGCAUUUGGCUAUUCAUUCAGGUCGUCUGUGUAAUCUGACUUGGAUGUGAACCGUUGUUAUUAUUAAUAUGUCACACAGUCAGUCAUGUUCGAUUCAUACAGUGGUUCUGGUGUUUGGACAGACAGGAUUGAGUUCAGAGCUGCUGUUAUUGGGUUUUAUUUGCUCUUUCAGUUGUGUUUGGUCUGAUCAGUGUUUUUUUCCACUGUCAUCUCUUACUUGUUUUUAUUCUUGCUGUUUACGGUUACCAAGCUUUUAAUAUCUAAGUUCAAAACAAAAGGUUUUUUAUGCACCAGUGUGUUUAGGUUUUAUUUUUUCUGGUCAUUUGCAUCAAUAAAAUACUGACAGAA